AUGGGUCGUCACCGGAGGCGCGUGUCGUUCAACAGAGUUGAGGUCAGACUUAUAAACUACGACAGAGACCCUUGGGGUUAUGAAGGCCACACUAACGUGGAUAUACGGACGGAAGCAGAUAAGGAAAAUGAGAGGAUAGAGAGGCGCAGAAAGGAAAGAGAGGAAGAAGAGAAGAGAGAGCAUGAAAGAAAAGUGAGACAGGAGAACGAGAAAAGGGAGAACGAGAAGAGAGGGAGGGAGAAGAAGGAGAGGCAGAAGAGGGAUUGGGAGAGAUUUGAGUGGGAGAAAAGACAGAUGGAGAUACUAGAGAUGGAGAGAAGAAGGGAGAAAGAAAUGAAGAGAAGAGAGCAAGAGAUGGAGAGAAGAGAGAGAGAGAUGAGGGAAAAGGAAAGAAAGGAACAAGAGAGAAGGGAACAGGAGAGAAGAGAUAGAGAGGCUCUCAAAGAGAGAGAGAGAAAGGAGAGGGAGGAGGAGGAGGAUGCGAGACGAGAGGAGCAGCGGAGAGAGUGGAACCGCAUGCGCCAGGUCGGUCGGGCAAGAAAUCUUCGGAACACGCCCCGGGUGAACGUUCGUGAGCCAUCGACCUGGGCAGAACAACCGGGAUUCCCAGGGCCCUUUCAAUUCGCCCGCGCAGCGCUGCACCAAGCACGAGGGUUCAUGAUUACCAUGCGAGAUGGGGAGUACCAACAUUAUUGGUACUAA